GUGCUGUCGUUGCGGGAUUACUAUGACGUCACUUUGAUACUCUUCCAUGGAUGAAUGCUAAAGAACUAUAGAGCAGAAAAUAAUACAACAAGCAGGCUCCAUAUCCCCUCCUUUCUUUUAAACUCCCCUUUUCAGUUAAAGCCUCCAUACAUUGGGGUGAUUUUUCUAUAUAAACAUAUACAGUCCUAAGAAUGAUGGGAGGUGGGGGAAGCCUUCCUUCAGGCUCCAUACCUCAUGCCUCAGAUGCCUGGCUGCUUUUCUUAAAUGCAACCAUCUAUAAUUGAAGGGUGGGGGGGAAGCCCUACGUGGAAGUGUGUAUGUGAGAAGGUACAGCUUGAAGCGGGGGGUUUAGUUACAAUCGAUCUGGGGGGGGAGGAAUAUUGCUUAUGGUUCAAAAAUAAGGAGCAGCUAUGUCCUUCUCUCAGUUUGGAUACCCUUACAGCACCACUUCGCAGUUUUUUGUGUCUGCCAGCCCCAGUACGACUUGCUGUGAAACUGCCUCCAGAUCGGUGUCGGAUGUUUCCUCGGGAUCUGCCCAAGCAGCUACUAUUUGCUGUCCCUCUUACGAAAACAGGCUGCUGGCCAGCACUCGGACGGAGCUCAAUGCAGCUCUGGGGAUGUACAGCUCUCCCUAUUCAGCAGCCGCCGCGAGUCAGGGCUAUGCCAACUACCUUCCUUACAGUGCAGACCCACCAGCUCUUUACACCACACUGACGCCUCAGUAUGAAAUUAAGGAUGGCACCAGCAGUUUGCAUUCGGGAAUCGCUCAGCCUGCUGCCUUCUACCCCUACGAUCAUUCCUUAGGGCAGUACCAGUACGACAGGUAUGGGACAGUGGAUUUCAGUGGCUCAGCCAGGCGUAAAAAUGCCACUCGAGAGACAACCAGCACCCUCAAGACCUGGCUGUACGAGCACAGAAAAAACCCUUAUCCCACCAAAGGGGAAAAAAUCAUGCUGGCUAUCAUCACCAAAAUGACACUGACCCAAGUGUCUACUUGGUUUGCUAACGCCAGACGGAGACUCAAGAAAGAAAACAAAAUGACCUGGUCUCCCAAGAACAAAGCAGGGGAGGAGAGAAAGGAGGAAGGCAAAAGGGAGGAAGAGGAAUAUGGCACAGAAAAUGAAGGCAAAGCAGAUCAGAAAAGCUUCAAGGAAGAAAAGGACCUGAGGCUGAGUGACUUGGACGACUUGGACGAGGAUGAGGCAGACAAGACAGAAAGUGACCGGAAGAAUGCACACCAGGCGGCGUCCAGCGCCAGCGCUGCUGCGGCCGAGUCUGAGAAAAGUGACUGCAGCAUGACCCCACCCAUCAAUUUUCACGCUCUCCCCUGUAACAGACCCGUGCCGGGGCCAGGAGGAGACUUCUUAGAGAUCGUGGGGCAAAGGGCAGCCCACGUGGUGGGCACCAUUAGUCAAGGGCGGCAAUACGACACCACAGACAAGCCCCGAAUCUGGUCUUUAGCUCACACAGCAGGUGCCAAUGUUCUCGUGGGCCCCCCGGCCGCUCAGCAAAGGACAGCGAGCCCGGACUGUGUGCUGGGCAGAGGAAGGCACCCGGUGUCUGGACACAGCCCGGAGGCGAGACCCCUCCCGAGUCUCCGAACCCAGCCCACAGCUGACGGGGCGUUCGAAGAACGGCCACAGCCCACCAAGAUUUUUAGAAACUCCACUUUCAACCUGCAGUCAAUACAGCUAAGCUGUGCUUCCUAUCCCGUGCUGGGGGAGACGUGCCCGUAUUCUUCAGGCGCUGAAGGGUUUGGGAGAAGUGUGAAACCCAACCAAGGAGCCAUAGAUCUCAGUGAAGGUUGUGUAGUGCAGCAUAAAGAUAAACUGAGAACAGCUUUUAGGCCAGUGCUGAAGAGGUGAGCAGGUUAGCCCAGCACUUUUGGGAGACUGAGUAUCUAAAGUUCUUGGCUUGAAAAAUCUUCCGCCAACAAUGUUGAUCUCUGCGCCUUGAAAGCGUUACAUAUGACUGCGGCUUCCCUUCUUCCAUGAGGAAGCGAUCAUAACUUAUGCACAACUUGCUUUAAAAAUGGAUGAGACUCACCUUCUUUCCCCCCUCCCCCAAGGAAAGAGAGUGGAGGAACUGUCAUAAAUUAUAGACCUCGUCUCAUGCACUGGAUCAUUGUAGUUUCGCACAAGUUUACAAAAGAGUUCUCCAUGCCCGCCACCCCACCUCUGUCACUCCAAGUUUGAACCAACCCGCUUCGAGAACCAUCGUGGUCAAUGUGCAACUUCGUAAUUUUGUAAUAUACCUGUGAUUAGCGUGGUUAAGAGACCAGUCUUCUACUUUAAAGACAUUGUCUUUAAAAACAACAGACAACCAAGCCUACAUUCCCUUUCAUUCCUUCUCCCUCCCCCUUUCUUCCUCUGGUAAAGUAUGUUUGUAAAUCCUAUGGUCUCUAUUGUUCUGAUGAGCCAAAAGACGGGGUGUUGCAAAAGAAAUUCGACGGGCAGUUUAUUUUCUGUCAUUGUAUAUUGCUGAACGUAUUUUUAAGAGUCUAAUUAAAAUCAAUCAGCUGACGGUGAGAGAGCCGUCUUCCAAACUUGAGGAAGUUAUGUCUGAGCUGCUCAAAGGUCUGACAAAUAGGAAAAAUGAGGGAUUUCUCUCCCCCCGUGUGUUGGCUUUGCCCUGUUUUUUGAAAUAUCCGCCCCUCCUCCCAGACGUGCAUGCUGGGGAAAAUGUUGGGUGCCCCUACCACUUUAAAGUCUAUCAAGUGGUCUGGCGUGGCAAAGUAGGACAUUGUUAGCGGUCAUCACCAUAAUUCAGUUAAAAGAGCAGUGCUGAACUUUACAAGGCAGACAAGAAAGGGAAACUGCAUCGCUGCAUUAUUUCUGUUUAAUUAAAAGUGUCAUCAAACACUUUGUGUUCAGACUAAUAAACCACGCAGGGAUGAGGAAAGAAUGUUCCUUUGUUCCCUGUCUCUAGAAGCAGUGGCAAUAAUUUAAAUUAAUAACUGUGGUAAUUAAGAGGUCAUCUAUAGAUCAACCCGAUACUAGCUAUUUCCAAGUUCACCGAGGUCAAUAUUUACAUUAAGUCAUUUGUGGUCAAUAGAGUCCAAUGAAUUCUGCCUUAAUAAAUCAGGGAAAUCAAUCUUGAAUAUCGAGUAGAGUUCGGUAUGUUUACCAAAGGCUACUAAGACAAGUGGGACUGCUCAGGGGAGCGCCUACAUGUUGUCACGGAGGAGUGAAGUGUUUUACCGGAAUGAGGAACUGAAGAUCAAUGGGAAGAGAUCAAGAAGAGGGAUUGGAGGUGGUUGGUGUGACACUCCCACGCUGUAGGGCGGGGUUGUGUCUGUGAUGAUGUAGGUGUUUUCCCUCUUUAGUGGCAGUUUCACACUUGGACAGUAGGACAACUGGGCUAAGUAACUAUGAUAUACACACACUAGAUGUUUGAGUUAAUCAUGCCUUCUGAGCAUGAAACACGCAAAAGAAACAAAAAAUGUUGUGUACGAUCUCUAUAUAUUCUCACACACUGAUUUUAAUGUGCAAAAUGUAUGUCCUGUUUUCUUUUUAUUGUACAUAUUCCAAAAGUGCAUAUAUUUUAAUGUAUUUCCCGUUAUUUAUAAAAAUCUCCGCUCUUCUGCUGAAAAGCAGCGCGGAGUUUUGUGAUGAAGACCGUAAGUAAAAAAGGUU